UCGUCUGUAAUUGCUUUGAAACCGAUGUAUUGUCAGUGACGACUACACUUCCUAUAGUGUCUUUCGUUUUUCUCAGAGUUCGCCCAUUUCUUGCAUUAUUACAAUUGAAUCGCCGCUUUUUUCAUUAUUGAAUUGGAAGUCCAUAAGUAGAGUUGGAAAGGAGUAGCAUGCUCUGAGGAUUUCAACGUUCUUACACGCUCAUAUUUCAGGAAGUCAUUUGGGUUUUGCACAUCAGCUGUUCAACUCUAACUAUAUUAUGGUUGUGCUGCUGUGAAACAUUUGGAUCGUCUGUCCAUCCCUCGCCGGGCAACAUGAACAACCGGUGCUGGAGUUUGAAGUUUGCGUUUUUGACAGCACUUCACGUUUUAUCAAUACCAGAAUGCGCCGGUGAUGUUAUCCGCUCCAAGUCCACUGAAGUGGAAUAUUUGGGAGCAACUGCGCAACAGAAGCCUAUGACCAAGCCAAAACACUAUGGGACCACAGUACCUGUCCUAUUGGUCGGAAAACAUUGGAGACCGAUCAGGUUGCACCAAUCAUGGGCUCAUCUUUCAUCUCUGAAGGUAGUGAUAGAAGUAGAAGGUGAACAGCUGGUCCUGGUGCUGCAGAAAAAUGAGGGGCUCUUUGCGCGGGACUACACAGAAACACAUUACCAGGAUGAUGGCAGUCCAGUCACCCGCUCCCACGAGAUCCCGGUGAACUGCUAUUACCAUGGCGAGGUGGAGCGGUAUGCCCUCUCUGACGUCAGCCUCAGUGCGUGCGCUGGUCUCAGGGGCUUCAUCUCAGCAGGGAACCGAUCCUUCGUUCUGGAACCGUCGAAUGGUCCCGCCAGUGAAACCCACUGGAUCUACAGGGCUGAGCAUCUGGACAUCUCCAGCGGCACCUGUGGCCAUGGUUUCAACAUGACCUUGCCUGAGGCACGUAACCUGAGGCAUACUCCCUUCAGGGACUUCAGCACCAGGCACAGGCGACAUGCCCAGAGCACCACCAAGUACGUGGAACUGAUCAUUGUGGCUGACAACCGAGAGUUCCAGAAACAAGGCAAGGAUGUGGAAAAGGUCAAACAACGCCUAGCUGAGAUUGCUAACUAUGUUGACAAGUUCUACCGAGCCUUAAACAUCCGCGUGGCGCUAGUAGGCCUGGAGGUAUGGAGCGACUCAGACAAGUGUCCCGUCAGCCAGGACCCCUUCACCACGCUUCAUGAGUUCCUGGACUGGAGGAAGGUCAAGCUGCUUCCCCAGAGGCCCCACGACAACGCUCAGCUUGUCAGCGGUGUCUACUUCCAGGGCACCACCAUCGGCAUGGCACCCAUCAUGAGCAUGUGCACAGCGGAGCAGUCAGGUGGCAUCGUCAUGGACCACUCUGACAACCCCCUGGGUGCAGCAGUGACCCUCGCCCAUGAGCUGGGCCACAACUUUGGAAUGAACCAUGACACGCCAGAGAGGGGGUGCGGCUGCAGGGUGACGGUGGACCGCGGGGGGUGCAUCAUGACCCCCUCCACCGGGUACCCGUUCCCUACUGUGUUCAGCAGCUGCAGUAAGAAGGACCUGGUGGCUAGCCUAGAGAAGGGUGUGGGAAUGUGUCUGUUCAACAUGCCCGAGGUCAAGGUGCUCUAUGGCGGGCAGAAGUGCGGCAACGGAUAUGUUGAGGAGGGAGAGGAGUGCGACUGCGGAGAGCUGGAGGAAUGUUCAAACCCCUGCUGCAACGCUACCACCUGCACUCUGAAGGGGGAGGCAGUCUGUGCCCACGGACAGUGCUGUCAAGAUUGCCAGCUGAAGCCAGCGGGCACCCCAUGCCGUGACUCCAGUAACUCGUGUGACUUGCCUGAGUUCUGCACCGGCACAAACCCCCACUGCCCUGCCAAUGUCUACCUGCACAACGGCCACGCCUGCCACAAUGUGGACGGCUACUGCUACAACGGCAUCUGCCAGACCCACGAGCAGCAGUGCGUCACUCUGUGGGGACAGGGGGCCAAGGCCGCACCCGAGAUCUGCUUUGAGAGGGUCAACUCCGCGGGGGAUCCCUAUGGCAACUGCGGCAAGGAUUCCAAGGGUUCCUUUGCUAAAUGUGAAGCCCGAGAUGCUAAAUGUGGCAAAAUUCAGUGUCAGGGAGGAGCCAAUCGGCCAGUGAUUGGCACCAAUGCUGUUUCCAUCGAAACAAACAUCCCUCUCCAGGAAGGGGGGCGCAUCCUGUGCCGGGGGACGCACGUCUACCUGGGUGACGACAUGCCGGACCCCGGCCUGGUUCUGAUGGGCACCAAGUGCGGAGACGGCAUGCUUUGUCUGAACCGACAGUGCCAGAACGUCAGUGUGUUUGGCGUGCACGAGUGCUCAGGAAAGUGUGGUGGCAGAGGGGUGUGCAAUAACAACAGGAACUGCCACUGUGAAGCUCAUUGGGCUCCACCCUUCUGUGAUAAAGCAGGCUUUGGAGGUAGUGUGGACAGCGGUCCCAUAAGAUUAGCAGACCAUGACAGCAUGACAGUGGGGAUCCUGGUGAGUCUUCUAACCCUGCUGGGAGCUGCUCUGGUGAUCUGCAUCAAGAGGAAGACCCUCCUGGGCCUGCUAUUCACCAGCAAGAACAACAACAUUGAGAAACUACGGUCGGUGGGCCCAGACAGGCCAUCUAGUCCGCCCCAGGCCCAGCAUCAUCCCCAGCAGCUUCAUUCUGUAUACAGAACCUCUCCAUCUAGCAAGACCCUGGCCAAGCCCCACAGCAACAGCAUCUUCAAGCCUCCUCACCUGGGUCCUGACUCUCUGCAGCCUUCAGCACCCUAUGCCUCCCACAGUCUGCACAGACUGCCCGAGUGCACCCCCAUUCACCUCAGCCACCCAGUUCCCCUGGCACUCACUCUGGCCUUCUCUCCUGGACAACCACGCUCACCGGCCCCACCUCCUCGUCACGCCCUGCCCCACCACGACCCAGCCCCACCCAGGGGGCCGUCGUUCCGCAGGACCACACGCCACAUCUCUUGCCGCAUGGUUAUGGAGUUGGAGAAGCCCCGUCCCCCCCAGAAGCCCCUGCCAGCAGACCCCCUGGGCAGAAGUGGCCGUCUGGUGCCUGUCCCCCUCUCUGGUCUCCCCAGGCCUCUGCGCCCAGUCCCUCAGCCUGGGAGGCAGCCCCCCACUCUACCAAAGCCUCGUAUGCUCGGCAGUGUCAGAUACAGUAGCUGAGAAACGGACAUCCUGACAUUGAUGGACACUUGAUUUGCACUAUAAAACUAUUUGAAAACCUUAAAACGUGAUGCCUCUGCAUUUGGAAAUUAAGGGGCCCGUGAGAGUCCCUGUGGUGCUCUAUCUCCGAAUGGUGCUACGAGUCUGAGCUCAGGUACAUGUAAAGUAUUUAUUUUCUUUAUUUAUUACCACGCAGUGCACUGUGCCUGACACUUUUACUUAACUGUAGCAUUUGGGAUUUAACUUUUUUACAUCACUUUUUUGUGAUUUUCAUUAUUGGCAAAUACUGUACUAGACUUUUUUAUGGACAGCUGGAAAAAAGGAGUCAGAAAGCAUAUCUUAAAGAUCUGUGAACAUUUAACGCAGUGCACAUGUUGUGGAUGUAAGUGUCAGCAAGGGAACCAAGGACAUUAGAGAAUAGUAUUACUACUUUAGGAGAAGGCUUACAUAGGAAACAUCACAGGAAAUCACUCUGCAGGUCUCCUUAUGUAGUUACGACAGAUUAACAGACAACAAGCCAUUCUUCUCCAACACUGACACCAACAUACAACACUUGCUUGGUUGUUAUUUCCUUUGAAAAAACACUUCCAGUUCAUUUGAAGGCUCACUGUCUUGAUGGAGGGAGACACUUUUAAAAUAGAAGCCAUCGAGUCAGUGAUAUUUCCAGCCAGCUUGGCAGUGAGCCAAACACCUAGGGAGAAUAGGCUAAAGGCCGAAAUAUGCUUCUGCGUCUAAAUUUACAAAUUAACCGUUUCAUCAAUAAAAUACACACAUUUUCA